UGAGGGGAACAUGAUUUCACUUUCACUUCGGGCAUCCUGUCACUGAGUCACGCAGCGUGUGGAGUAGUGGUACGGACAGACAAAGAAAGUAAAACAGACGGACGGCUUUGAAGAGACAUAAGAACACAUUUAAACACUGCGCCAUGGCAUUUAAGUACCCGGCAGCUCGGAGAGAUGAGAGUAAGGUGGAUGACUACCAUGGGGUUAAAAUAUAUGACCCUUAUGCCUGGUUGGAAGAUCCUGACAGUGACGAAACAAAGGCCUUUGUGGAGGAGCAGAAUAAGCUGACCAUGCCAUUCCUGGAGCAGUGUGCGGUCAGGCCUCAGUUUCACCAGCGGCUAACUGAGCUCUAUGACUACCCCAAAUACAGCUGCCCCUACAAGAGAGGAAACAGGUAUUUCUACUUCCAUAACCAGGGCCUGCAGAACCAGGAUGCACUCUAUGUGCAGGACUCUCUGGAUGGACCAGCCACAGUCUUCUUUGACCCAAACACACUGUCUGAGGAUGGGACUGUAGCCUUGAAGAUGGGGCGCCUAUCGGAGGAGUGCGAGUACUUUGCGUACGGCCUGAGCUCCAGCGGCUCCGACUGGGUGACGGUGCACUUCCUGAAGGCUGAUGACCUCACGAAGCUGCCUGAUGUCCUGGACAGGGUGAAGUUCAGCUGCCUGGCCUGGACCCACGAUGCCCGCGGAGUGUUUUAUAACUGCUACCCCCGGCAGGACGGCAAGGCUGAUGGCACAGAGACCACAUCCAACCUCAACCAGAAACUCUACUACCAUGUGAUUGGCACCAACCAAUCAGAGGACAUCCUGGUGGCUGAGUUCCCUGACAAUCCAAAAUGGCACAGUGGAGUAACGGUGUCAGAUGACGGCAGGUAUGCAGUGCUGGACAUCACAGAGGGCUGUGAGCCAGUCAACCAGCUGUGGUACUGUGACCUGCAGAAGCUGCCCAAUGGCAUCACAGGCCUGCUGCCCUGGGUGAAGCUGGUGGCUAACUUUGAGGCGCAGUACUCCUACAUCACCAACGAGGGCAGUGUGUUCACCUUCCGCACCAACCUGGAUGCCCCUCGUUACUGCCUGAUCAACAUUGACCUGGAGAAACCAGACAAGGACCACUGGAGGACCCUCCUACCCCAGCAUGACAAGGACGUCCUGGGCUCUGUGGCCUGUGUGAACCAGCACCACCUGCUGGUCAACUAUGUCCAUGACGUGAAGGACAUCCUGCAGUUGUAUGAGCUGUCCACUGGUGGUCUGGUCAGAGAUCUGCCUCUGGACGUGGGCACUGUGGUGGGCCUCAGCUGUAAGAAGAAACACUCUGACUUCUUCUACAAGUUCACCUCCUUCACCACGCCAGGUGUGAUCUACCACUGUGACCUGAGCCAGGCGUCUCCAGAACCCACCGUGUUCAGACAGGUGGAGGUGAAGGGUAUUCAACAGGAGGACUAUGAGACCAACCAGGUGUUUUACCCCAGUAAGGAUGGAACUAAAAUCCCCAUGUUCCUGGUGCACGCCCGUGGUCUAAAGAAGGACGGAUCACAUCCUGUCUUCCUGUACGGAUACGGAGGUUUUGAGAACUCCAUCCAACCAUACUACAAUGUUCCGUACCUGCUGUUUGUUAGACACCUGGGGGGAAUCCUGGCUGUAGCCAACAUCAGAGGAGGAGGGGAGUACGGACAGACCUGGCACAAAGGUGGUACCCUGGGGAACAAGAUGAAUUGCUUUGAUGACUUCCAGUGUGCAGCAGAGUAUCUGAUCCAAGAGAACUACACCACAGCCAGCCGCAUAGCCAUCAACGGAGCCUCCAAUGGGGGACUGCUCGUGGCGGCAUGUGUGAACCAACGUCCGGACCUGUUCGGCUGUGCUGUGGCUGAAGUUGGGGUGAUGGACAUGCUCAAGUUCCACAAGUUCACCAUCGGCCACGCCUGGACCACUGACUACGGCUGCGCAGACCACCCUGAGCAGUUCAAAUGGCUCAUUGAGUACUCCCCUCUUCACAACCUCCCCCCUAACCCUCACGCUGGCGCUGCCUACCCUGCCAUGCUCCUACUGACUGCCGACCAUGACGACCGGGUGGUGCCCCUUCACACCCUGAAGUACUGUGCCACACUGCAGCACGGUGUGGGCAGCAGCCCCGGGCAGCGCCAGCCUCUCAUGGUCAGGGUGGACACCCGCAGCGGUCACGGAGCGGGCAAGCCUACUGCUAAGGCCAUCCUGGAGGAUACUCACAUCUUCUCCUUCAUCGCCCAGACACUGGGGCUGAGCUGGAGAGAGUGAGGGAGGGAGGGAGGGAGGGAGGGAGGAGAAAAGGAGAGGGAAAAGGUAAAGGAAAAGUGAGAAAAAGAGGAGUAGCGGUAGAGAUUAGCAGAGACAGAGGAGGUUAGGAGAGAGGAAUGGGGGAGGGAAAUUUAAGGAGUGGAGGGAGGAUGAGACAAGAGUAACUUGCACUGGGAAAACAGGUGGUGUUUGACAAACUGAUUCUGUACACUAUAAAACCCCACAGUGGAUGUGUCAUAAUACCCAUAAAAUCUAACAGUCAAACAGGGAAAUGGUUCCAAUCGUUUUUCCACCAUUCAUUUUAGAAACACUUCAAAUAAGGGCUGUGUUUUGUGUAGGCCUACCCUGCUGUGAUGUUUUGAUAACUUAUCAAUAUAUUCACUUUAUUUUGUAUAAAUAAAAUGUUAUUUCUUGUUUUGCCAAUUGUACAUCAUUUAUCACUUUUUCCUGUAAUAUAAUUUUUUUGUGGGUAAGAUUGCAUCCUAGAGAACUAAGUGGAAGCACUUGUCCUCUAUACCCAGUAGGUGGCAGUAUGUUACAGUGGAAUAGCUUUACGGAGCUUCACUUCCUGACUGUGCAACCUUAGCUGUCAGCCAGACUGCUAACAGUCCUCGCCGAUGACAGUCUUAUCAAAUAGCUACCCUAUUCAUAGAAAAAUAUGCACAAAAUGUAUACCUUGGCUUUCUCAUUGUGCCAUCCACCAUAGCCUGAACGUGUUUAGCUCUUUGAAAAUGGACCCAUUUCAAGGUCUUUCAUUUUUAUUAGCUGUAAAUGUGUUUAUACAAGUGCUCUCUCUGUAUUGAAAGACAAGGCUAAAUUAAAAACAGUGCUGUCA